AUUUGUCUAUUAAGAAAAGCUUUUUUUUUGGUGAAAAAUACGCAAAAAAUGGUGAAAAAAUUAAAAACAAGUGAUCGUCUUUUGCAUUGUCCAUUAGAUGAUGGAAAAGUUGUUAAAAAGAAAAAGAAAGUAUGCGGAAUUCCUAGACUUCGUUCAAGUUUAAAGCCUGGAGUUAUUUGCAUAAUUCUUGCUGGUAGAUAUAGUGGAAAACGGGUAGUACUUUUAAAGCAAUUGGAAGAUACGAUUGUUGUUACGGGUCCCUUUAAAAUUAAUGGUGUUCCUCUUCGUAGAGUAAAUCCAUCAUAUGUAAUUGCAUGUUCUGGAAUAACGGUUGAUGUUUCUUCAUUGGAUCUUUCAAAGUUUACAAAGGAAUAUUUUUCUCGAGAUUCUAAAUCAAAAAAAUGUCUUAGAAAAGCAAUUACAGAAGAAAAACUUUUUGAUGAAAAAAAAGAAAAACAACUUGAUAGUUCACGCAUUUCGGAUCAAAAAGCUAUCGAUGAACCUAUUAUUAAAUCAAUUUCUCAGGUUCCUAAUUUGGCAAAAUAUCUUUCAUCUUCUUUUUCUCUUAAUAAAGGGGACUACCCUCAUUUGAUGAAGUUUUAACCAAAGGGAUGCGCUUUAUUUUCAAUUUUUACCAUAAAUAUUUUAA